AUGCUUGAUGAAGUGCAUCCGGACAUACGGCGUCAGGUUUGCAUGGCGCAAGAGAGCUGGAGGCGAAAGUGUGAUAAUGAAAGCCUAGUAUCAAUGCCGUUUAUGACCCUCACUUAUGCGCAGAGCAUUGACGGCUCUUUAGCAGUAGAAAGAGGCAAGCCAACACUGCUUAGUGGGCCGGCAUCGAUGAAAAUGACGCAUAUGUUGCGCACGCUGCACGAAGGCAUCAUGGUAGGUGUAGGUACUAUACUUGCGGAUAAUCCAUCGCUAAAUGCAAGGCUGGCAGAAGGCCUUAACCCGCGGCCGAUUAUAAUCGACACACACUUGCGCUGUCCGACUAAUAUCAAGUUAUUUACAUCGGUGACCUGUGAGAAACCAAUCAUCUUAUUCGGCCUUGGAUCGCAAAAUGAAACUGAAGAACUUCAAAAACGAAAGGAAAUUCUCGAAAAUUUGGGGGCUCAAGUCUUGGAAUGCAAGAUUAAGUCCGGACGUGAUGGUUGCGAUCACGUCGAUCUUUUUGACGCUCUGCGAGUGGUAAAACAGAAUGGUAUCCAAAGUGUUAUGGUCGAAGGUGGGUCAGGGAUCUUGACAUCGUGUCUGCAGACAGCCUCACAGAAACACUUUAUUGACCUUGUUAUCGUCACCAUCGCCCCAACAUUUGUUGGCGGGCUUCGAGCAGUCGGUGCUUUACUCUCCGAAAACCCUACAACACCUACGACAGCAUUAGCCUUUCCGCGCUUAUCGCAUCCUCGAUACUAUGUCUUAGAAAAAGAUUUGAUCAUUGUUGGUGAGUUGUAA